UCGAUAAAGAGCAGUUCUGUCGGAAAAUGUUUCUCGUUCCACGUUUUAUAACCUCACGUAUUGUUCGCCUCCAUGGCUACAUCAAUCAAAAUUAUCGGAAAGUUAUAAGCCUUUGCCUGGCCAUCGGCACCGCCACCGGUACGGUGCACUGGCUCGCCAGCUAUCGUCCGGAUUUCGUCGAAAACCUGAACGGCAACCUAACGGAAUUCCCCUUCGGUGUCGCUUUCGGCAUCCUAACGAUAGUCCUCAUAGCGACCAUUCUCCUGUACGCCCUGCAUCUGGAAUCGGUGGAGAAGUCCCGCACCCGCAGCCGGACUGCUAUUCGAUUAAAAUUCGUCGACUAUAUUUUGCUCUGUCUCAGCACCCAGCUGAAGGAUGCAACCGAGCGUUAUCUGCGCCAGGGUAUGCUGGUGCAGGAGGAACUGGAUGCGAUGCACACGGAAAUAGAAGACUGUAUCGACCGAUUCCGGGAAAGUGCCCGUAAAUUGCUUGACACUCGGGCGACCUCCAGUGCUGCCACGCUCCAGGAGCUGGAGAACUUCUUCCGGCUGGACCAGCAGGGAAUCCAUAUCGAAGAGGAGAUCCUUAAAUUGAAAAGAAACUCGAAAUCGUUGCUCUCGGAGCGGACCAUCAAAGAAUUGCUAACCAAGUGAAAAGUGCAGGAGCGAAAAGAAAAUUUACCAAACCAGCAUAAAUUAGAAUCAAUUAACAGAUUUCCAAACAAGCUGCUUUCGAAUGUUUGAUUUAUGUCAUUUUUUGUGCCGAUUCGCGUAAACCUUUACUAGACGGGAAAGAGAAACCGCUCGGGACUGGGUAAUGUAUUGGAUUCGAUGCCUGUAACUAAGGUAAAGGUGAACGUGUUUUAAUUUCACAUGCACCCUGUGGGUGCUAUUAUUGCGUUUAGGACCUGGUAGGCCUAUUACGAACAAUGUUCGAACUGUGAAUUCGAAGUAACAGCAGACAAGGCGCAUUCUGAUUUGAGCAUUUUUGGACAGAUUGUCUAUCAUCGACCGUUGAAUAUAGCCGGGAGAAUUUGAACUAUUUGGGGAAUCAACUAAUUUCCCCGAUCAAGGAAAAAGAUUCGAUUGUUACUGACUAAAGAGUGCUGUUUGUAAACAAAAACUUAACAUUAUAA